UUUUUUAUUUUAACGUAAUACUUCAGUAGCUACAGUUAUGUGUUGAGAUCAGUUGGAAAACGACGAAGAUAUUUAAAGUUCAGGAAAAAUGGCUGCCCCAUGCGAAAUACGAAAACGAAAAUAUUUUCGAAAAUUUCUCCUUGAUAUUGACACGAAUUUGCUCGAAAGUCAAACAAAUGAAAAGUUUUUUUCUUAAUGCUUGAAAAUGAGUGCGGAAAUCGGACUUCGAUGGAGACGUGCGUUCGAAGAGAAAAAGGAUUUGAAAGAACAUAUUGAAUUGCAUCUGAAGGAAAUCGCUGUUCGUUCCUACGCCAUUUCAAGAGAUCCUGUGCUUCAAAUAUCUCUGCGAGAGGAACUCGUACAACAUGAUGUUUUCGACGUGUUGGAGUGGUUUGUUUUUGGAGAUGAACCUGAUUUUGGUAAAAGAAAGCUGGCAGAUCUCAAUCAACCACCUUCAAUUUGCGGUAAAAUUUUCAAAACCAACGAGCCAACAUACUCUUGCAGGGAUUGUGCAGUUGAUGGAACAUGUGUUUUGUGUAUGGCUUGUUUUGAGAAGAGCAUUCAUAAAAAUCACAACUAUAGGCUCUACACUUCAGCAGGGGGAGGCUGUUGUGACUGUGGAGAUGUGGAAGCUUGGAAACAGGGGGCAGCAUGCGAGAUCCACGCUAAGAGAUACGAUCAUUCUUCAGAUGAGGAUUUGCUCAAGAUUUUGCCUCAGAAUGUUGCAGAUCAAGCAAGAUUUUUGUUCAAUGUUAUUUUGGAUUUUUGUGUGGGCAUGAUUUGUGAUCCGAACAGAGCAUGUGAAGAAUUUAGCAUGUUAAAUAAUUCACAUAAAGAUUCACAUGUUGUUAUGCUUUAUAAUGAUGAAAGUCACACAUUUCAAGGAGUGAUCACAGCGCUGCAGAAAGUGAUACCCCAAUGCUCAAUAAAGUUGGGAAAAGAUAUUGCCACUGUAGUUGACAGAGAGGGACGUUCUAGUGUUUACUUUGGGCCGCACAAUAUGUCUCUUGAAGUUUCGCGGGAUCUUCGGAAACAUAGCAGAGGGCCUACAGGCCCAUUGCGUUGUGAGGCGAUUCACAUUAAUGUUGUUGCUUACCAACUUAUGGCGUUUAAACUCAUGGAAUGGCUUUCAACUUUCAUAGAUUGUUCAGACUGCCUUCGACGUCUUCACGCUGACAUUUCCACGACACCACGGCACGGUGAAGAUAGUUAUCUUGCUAAAGUACUUUGCUCUGAUGCUAAGCUUUGGAAAGUGGCAAGAUUUCAUACUCAUCAAUUGUUUAUGCAUUCGUUGCUUAAAGAUUCAUUCGGAAAACGCGCUCUUGCUAUCGAAUUCACCAAGAAUUAUUCAGCUGUUCUCAGUGAUUUCUUAGCCGAUGACCAGGACCAUUCUAUCUCUGCGUCUUCGUUGUCUGUUCAAAUAUUUACUGUCCCUAGUCUGGUUCAAAUGCUUGCGGUGAACUGCGAUCUGUUGGAAGUUGUAAUCGAUGUUCUUUUGAAGAAAACUUCUCCUUUUCUUGGAGAUGAUAAAAUCAUAGAUUUAAGUCGUGAUGAACGCAGGAAAUCAGGACGCUUGUAUUAUGUUAUCCACGACUUAAGAUACAUCUUGCAAAAUAAGCCCAGCUCUUGGACUGAUAGUUUAAAAAUGAAAUUUUACAAUUUUCUUGAACGUUACCUAAAUCUUCUGCAACGUUUUCAGGAAGUGAACAUGAUAAGGCGGGCCACAAGUGUCCAUGUGGAAAUUGAACCGGAAUGGCAUUUAACGUUUGACUUUGCUAUGCGUCUUUCAUUGCUUACGCCUCACAUAAUGCAAUGGUGUGGUAGUCAUAGAGAUAUUUUGAUAAAAUCCAUCGCAAUCACAUUGAAAUGUUUGAGAGACGUGACGCGAUCGUUCGGCGCCAAAAAACAUCGAGAGGGCGAAAAAACCAUGACCUUAUUCAACUUUGAUGUAUCUUCUGAAAAAGUCUCUGUACACAUACCGAUCGUUAGAUUUUUAGCCGGCUUGAUUGGCUGUUGUGCAAAAUACUCGCUUGAUGCGCAAAAUAUGUUGGAAAUAAAAGGAGAUGACGAUUUAUUAACUUAUAUGGCCUAUCCGUUGAAAGUCUUAGUGUUUGCUGCUCAGGUUAAAUCGGGAAUGUGGAGGAGAAACGGUUUUUCUGUACAACAUCAGAUUCAUGCUUAUUGUCAAGAUACUUGCGCCUGCGAAAUGUACGACAAGGAUAUUUUCUUCAUGCAGGUCUUGGCAUCUUGUAUGGAUAAAGAACAUUUUUUUCUUAUUUUGCUUGACAUGUUCCAACUAACAUCUUGGGCUUCGGAGAGCUACAGUGUCAAUAAGAAGGACGAGAGCACAAUCAAUCAACAGCUUGCUUUGGCCGCUGAAUUUCUCCAUCUUUUGAUCAUAUUAUUGGGAGAGAGAUACAACAGCACUAUUGGUAUAGUAGACAAAGACAGUGAAGUUAGACGUGAGAUUAUUCACAGAUUGUGUUUGGGCGAUGUGUCGCGCAGUGAGUUGUUUCGUGGAUUGUCUUUCGUGGAGUCUGAGUAUGAACGUAGGGGAGAGAUUGAUGGCAUCAUCAAUUCCGUGGCGACUUUCAAAAAACCUGCCCGUUCUGGUAAGGGGAUAUACAAACUGAAGAAAGAGUGCUUGUCGGAGUUCAACCCGUAUUUCUACCAUUAUACGAAGAAUCUACAAUCAAAGGCUGAAGAUUACAUGAAGAAAAGAUGCAAAGAAGAAAAAUUACCGGAAUUUUUUGCUCCACCUGCUCCCGUCGACUUUCUUUCAUCAUACUCCAGUAUCACUAAACUACUGAUCUCAAACAAGAUGAUUCAACUGUUCACCAUCUUGAUAUGGCGGAUCAAGAAAGGCAGUCCCCGAUCAUGGACGGAUCGAAUUUUCCAUGAGAUUUUGUACCUCAUUUGUUUGGGUCUUUGCGAAGAGAAGAAACAAAGAAAAAAUGGUCGUGUGUUUGGCUUUGUCAGCGCUGCAAAUGCGCGAAACCAUUGCGCUCGGUCAAACCUGUCUUUAUUUGAACGUUUAAAAGCUUUGCAAGGUGAACCGAUUGUUCAAGGUCACAGUUCACUCCUAUGUUACACAAUCCAGAAAUUUCGUGAACAGUUGGGAUCAGAGAGUGAUUCUACUGACUCUGGUGCUAUACUUCCUCAACCAAUGGACGUCUCAGAUGUCAAGUCAUGUGACACGGAGAAAAUUAUGAAACGACAGGCCUCUGAAGAAAGGCGGAAAAGAGUUUUACAGCAAAUGGCAAAUAUGCAGAAAGCAUUCAUUAAACAAAAUUCUGACCUAUAUUUGUCGACAGAAACUGAUGUUAGUGAAUCUUCUAAAAAUGAAGUGGAUGCAUUUCAAGGAUUAAAAAAUCCACAAAAGUCUGUGAUUGGAAUCGGAAACAAUCGUGAUUCUUCUAUUACGGUGCCUCGCGAGUCACUUAUUUGUAUAUUAUGUCAAGCGAGCCCAAAUUCUUCCAAUAAACCGCUGGUGUCGUGUGCUUUUGUACAGCGGUCGACCGUGCUAUCAGACAAUCACCAUCAGGACCUUGAAGAAGGGGAUACAGCAGAUCCACUGCUAUCAUAUAGGGAUCGACGUGUCGGGGUCCAUGUGGGCAGCUGUGGUCAUGUAAUGCACGGUGAUUGUUGGGUACGGUUCUUUGAAUCUAUAUUAACCAAUGAGCGACUUUCAUUGAGAUCACGAAUACUCAACACGUUUGAUUUGACAAGAAGGGAGUUUUUAUGUCCUUUAUGUUCUGGUCUUUCGAAUACUGUCCUUCCUUUGGUAUCUUCUGUUGUUUCUACUUCACACGAAGGAAGCGGAGGAUCAUACACAUUCUGGUAUGACACUUUUCAAAAGAUUGAAUUAAGAUUAACACCAGAAUUAAUCGAUUUCUGUAAGGAUGGUGAACAUAAAGCAGAUUCAGUUUGGAAAACAGUGAAAGAGAAAAUUGCUCAUCUACUCUACGGGACGGAUCUUUCCUCCGAUAUGACAUCCAUGAUAACAGUCUUCACUCGAGCAGCCUACAUGUUCGGUUUGAAUGUGGAACCCGACGAUGAAAACAGCCGAGUUUCGUUAAUUGCCUGGGCAACAUGUGCCUACACUAUACAAUGUCAUGAGCUUACACUAAGAGAGAGUUCAAAUCAAGAGACUUAUCCAAAACGCGAGUUUGAUAUGAUUAAGUCGCUGGUUUCUCUGGCUGGCACCGUGAGCUCAAUCAGCAAACCACGUGACGUUGUGAGUCAUUGCAUCCGUCUUUUCUCUGUGAUUAGCGGGAGUGAUAAAGUACCUCAAGAAAAAUGGACAAUUGUGAAUAUAGAUGUUUUUGAUUGGAUGGUGAAAAUGCGAUUCACAUUGCCUAGUUUGGAUCUUUUAAAUUAUACUGAAAUGACAUCAUCAAGAAACGGUGACGGAUUGUCGUCGAUGGAAAUGGAUGGUUUUGUAUUUCAUUUUGCCCUCACGGCUUGUAUCACUCAGAUCUUGCUAACGACGUCGGGAGAGAUACCCUCAGAUGAAAUGGACGACCCUCCUCAAAUGAACGACGACGCCUCAAAACAUUUAGCUAAUUUAUGGAGAAAAAUUCAUCAUUUACGGAAUCCUUCUGUGCAGACUCACAAUCACCCGAAUGCCCAAAGACUGAUGAUGCACAUAAAAUUACGCUUGUUACCAUUCCUACGAUGUUGCGUAAUAUUCUUUCAUAUUUUAAACAGCACAAGAAUUCCUUUGGCUCUUCGAGAAAGAUUCCAUUCUUUUCACGAGGAAUAUGACGCUUUGGCAACAUUCCUGGCGAUACCUCGCUCACUGACCGAUUUAUUCACCUGGAAUGAUUUAGAGAGUACCUUUAAUAGCAAGACAAUUUCAAACAUCGUUGAAAGAUGGUGUACUAAAGCGAGAAGUGAAAUUUACAUUCCUAAUCAACUGAGCUUUGAGCUCAGCAAAAAAUUGUUAAUUCAACUUCCUAAAGACUUCAGUGUACUAAUAAAUCAAGCAUCACAGUACGAAUGUCCAGUGUUCUCUGGUAUAGAAAACAGUGUGCCUGCGUUAUGUCUGAUCUGCGGUGCCUGGUGCUGUUGCGAGGGUUGGUGUUGUAGGGAGGUUUUAAGGGGAAUAAACGUCGGUUCUUGUACUGCGCAUGCCUCGCGAUGUGGUGCUGGUAUAGGAAUCUUUCUUCGUGUGCAGGAUUGCCGCGUUGUUCUUCUUAAUGGUAUAGGCAAAGGAUGUUUUCAUCCAUCGCCGUAUCUUGAUGCUUACGGUGAAACUGACCCUGGACUGAGGCGUGGAAAUCCACUAUAUUUAUGUGAAGAUCGUUUCGAAAAACUGCGCAAACUUUGGAGUAAACAUGGUGUUUGCAGUGAAAUAGUUCGAACUUUGGAAAGUAACAGACAAUUAAUGCAAAUAGACUGGGCUUCUUACUAGAGCUACAUUAAACAUAGAAAUACUGUAUGUUAUAGUUGUUGUAAGUUUCGUUAUCUAUUCUAGAAUAUAUGAAACAAUUACUCUAACUAUGUUUUUUAGAUUUCGUGCCAUCAGAUAGUAAUUACUCUGCAUAAUUUGUAUGUAUAAUACGUUUUGUUUUCAAAAAUUAGAUUCGAUAGUUAUCCGGUAA